AUGUCUCUCACAGUCGCUAGUCAGAAGACCUACAGUAUUGCAUCCAUUCCAGCCGAUGGAAUUGGCCCAGAAGUCAUCAAUGCAGGCAUCACCGCCCUCAAUGCCUUGACCGAUGCACUCCAGACUUUCAAGUUGGAGUUCAAGAACUAUGAUUGGAGCUCAGAAACCUACAAGAAGACCGGCAAAUAUAUCCCCGAUGGGGGACUUGAGGAGCUGAAGAAGCACGACGCGAUUUUCUUUGGAGCUGUCGGUGCUCCUGAUGUCCCUGAUCAUAUCUCCCUGUGGGGUCUGCGACUCGCCAUCUGCCAACCUUUCCAGCAGUACGCCAAUGUGCGUCCAACACGGGUGUUCCGUGGCACCGAGUCCCCGUUGCGCAACUGCGGACCUAACGACCUUGACUGGGUGAUCAUCCGUGAAAACAGCGAGGGCGAGUACGCGGGCCAAGGUGGUCGCUCCCACGCUGGAAAGCCGUGGGAGGUUGCGACUGAAGUCUCCAUCUUCUCCCGUCACGGCGUGGAGAGAAUUAUGCGAUUCGCUUUCGAGACUGCUCAGAAGCGGCCGCGCAAGCUGCUGACUGUGGUCACUAAGAGUAAUGCCCAGCGUAACGGUAUGGUUCUCUGGGAUGAAGUGGCGAAGGUCGUUGCGGAGGAUUUUCCCGAUGUCACGGUUGAUAAGAUGCUUGUUGAUGCUAUGACCACUCGCAUGGUUCUGAAGCCUGAGAGUCUCGAUACGAUUGUUGCUACUAACUUGCACGCUGAUAUUCUCUCUGAUCUUGCUGCGGCGCUGGCUGGAUCUAUUGGUAUCGCGCCGACUUCCAACCUUGAUCCUACGCGCGAGUAUCCCAGCAUGUUUGAGCCUAUUCAUGGCUCUGCUUUUGAUAUCACUGGCUUGGGUAUCUCGAAUCCCGUUGCUACAUUCUGGACGGCUGCGGAGAUGCUUGCUUGGCUUGGCGAGGAGGAGGCUUCCAAGCAGCUGCUGGUUUGUGUUGAAAAUGUUUGUGAGCAGGGAGUUCUGACUCGGGACUUGGGUGGCAAUGCUACGACGAAACAAGUCACUGAUGCCGUUCGCCCCUCUAAAAGGGCCCGCGUGUCAGAGUCCAGCGCAGAUGGUGUAGUGACUGCACCUUUCGCGUCUCUGCACAGGGCCAUUAGCCCGCCAUCCCCACGAGCAAAUAUACAGCCUACAUGUCCAGCGCAGACUGAUGAGAAGAUGAAUUCUGCUAGCUCUGGAGCCAAUCGUCCAGUCCAGUUCAUCAAUUCGCCUACACAGCUUACGCAUAUUCGAGAUUUACCUGCGGCUAACAAUGUCGACACCGUUCGACUCCGCGACAUCCUCGGGGAUCCCAUGAUCCGCGAAUGCUGGCAGUUCAAUUAUCUUUUUGAUAUAGAUUUCUUGAUGUCACAUUUUGAUGAAGAUGUCAAGGAUAUAGUCAAGGUCAAGAUCGUGCAUGGGUCAUGGCGGAAGGAAGAUUCGCAUCGCAUUCGUGUUGAAGAAACUUGUUCGCGAUACCCCAACGUAGAGCCCAUUGUGGCCUACAUGCCCGAGGCUUUCGGGACACAUCAUUCUAAGAUGAUGAUUCUGCUUCGACAUGAUGACCUCGCCCAAGUCAUCAUCCACACAGCUAACAUGAUCCAUAUGGACUGGACCAAUAUGACACAAGCUGUCUGGCGCUCUCCGCUUCUUCCGUUGCAGAAGCCAAUUCCAUCAGAAUCCCAAUCCGACUCCAAAUUCGGCUCGGGCUCACGCUUCAAAAGAGAUCUCCUCGCGUAUUUGAAAGCGUAUGGACCUAGAAAGACGGGUCUGCUAGUUCAGCAAUUGAAUAACUAUGACUUCGGGGCUAUUCGCGCCGCCCUCAUCGCGAGCGUCCCGUCCAAGAAACAUGCCAGUGAUUGCAACUCAGAAGAAGAUACGCUAUGGGGCUGGUCUGCUCUGAAAGAUCUGAUGCGCCGAAUCCCCAUCCGGAAAACUAAACCAAGCAACAGCGCCAAAAAGCCGCACAUCGUAAUCCAGAUCUCGUCAGUCGCAACUCUCGGACAAACAAACAAAUGGCUCAAAGACGUCUUCUUCAAAGCCCUCGCCUCAACACCAACCCAAGCACCCACCCCGACCUACUCAAUAAUCUUCCCAACACCAGAUGAGAUCCGCCGCUCUCUAAACGGCUAUGACUCCGGCGGCUCCAUCCACAUGAAAACACAAAGCGCAGCGCAACAAAAGCAACUUCAAUACAUGCGCCCGCAUCUUUGCCAAUGGGCAGGUGACAGUCUUCCACCAGGCCAGUGCAUUGAUCUAUCAGAAGAUACCCCUGCAAAGCGCGAAGCAGGUCGCUGUCGGGCAGCACCGCACAUCAAAACCUACAUCCGCUUUGCGGAUUCGGAUAUGAAGACCAUUGACUGGGCGAUGGUCUCAUCCGCGAAUCUGUCCACACAGGCGUGGGGCGCCGCGACGAAUCCGAGUGGCGAGGUUCGCAUCUGCAGCUGGGAGAUCGGUGUUGUUGUGUGGCCGGACCUUUUUUGCGAUGAUAUUGCAUUACCGGCGGAGUCUCCCGCACGGGAUGCGCCGAUGGUUCCUUGCUUUAAACAAGAUCGUCCGGCUGUAUUCGGAGGCGAGACGGCUGACCUUGUUGUCGGGUUCCGCAUGCCGUAUGAUCUUCCGUUGACGCCGUAUGGUGCCACCGAUGAGCCGUGGUGUGCGACUGCUUCGCAUGAUGAGCCGGACUGGCAGGGUCAAAGAUGGAUCCUGUGA